CAAGUCGUCAAGACGAUCAUCUCUGCUGGAAUCGAUGUGGAUGCGUACAAUGCCGAUCACAUGACUCCCCUGCACUUGUCGUCUUCUGUUGGGUCUCAUCGCCUAUUGGCGUAUCUUCUCUUGUACACCAAGGCCAACAUACACGCCAAGACGAAGAAAGGCUACACCUCUCUGCACUUGGCCGUGGUAGAGGGGAUGGAGAAGUGUAUAAGGUACCUCGUGAUCUGUGAGGGGCGAGACGUCAACAGCCCGGAUCGCUACGGAAGAACACCAUUGAUGCAUGCAUGUCGCUAUGGGAGGAAGGAAGCAGCUCAUACUCUCGUGAUGGUUGGAGCGAGGAUAGAGACCGAGGACAUCUUUGGAGCCACUGCCAUGAACUUCGCC